UCGGCGUUCCAUAGGACGUCACAGUAAACAACGACGUGCACAAUAACAACCUCGCUUAAAAAAACCCCAAACAAACACACAUACAACUAAAGGUAUAAACUCUAGGGGUGUGACCUCAUUUCCUCAGAGGGGUUUCCGGUUUUUCACGCCUAACCUAGUGGUAACUUACAGGUCCAGUAGCGCUAAACUAAAAGCAUUGAACUGCAGAAAUCGAGGUGAACACUAUGAUGGAGACACCGAGCUACAGUCUGAUCAUCCUCCUCAUGUGUCUCAUGAAGGUUGGAGAAAUACAAGCACAAUGUAUGAGACCCAGCGUUGGGGGAAACAGGGUUCUCACUGAAGAAUCAGGCCAAGAUACUUUCCCUGAUGGAGCUACUGCAACAUUCAAAUGUGCAACUGGUUAUAGAACGGUGUCAGGAAGUCCCAAGAUCACCUGCAAAGGACAACAGUGGACCGAUCUAGAGCUUCAGUGCACUAAAAAGUCCUGUGGGAGUCUGCCUGACGUGACCAAUGGAAGGUAUUUGACUCCAGAUGGAAUUGAGUAUGGUGCAACAGCUACUGUACAAUGUGAGAAAGGAUUUAUGAAUACUGUAGCAUCUAAUACUAGAAAUUGUAGAGAAGAUGGUUGGGAUGGGAGAGACGCAGUGUGUGAAGUGGUGAAAUGUUUAAAACCUCUCGCUAUACUGAAUGGAAUGUUUGACCCUGAGGAAGACUCCUAUGACUAUACCCAAGCAGUCACCUACUCUUGUAAUAAAGAUUACACUCUUAUUGGAUCAGAAGUAAUAUCCUGUAUUGAAAAUGGAACCUUUCAUCCUUCUCCUCCUCAAUGUUUAUUAAUCAAGUGUGAUGCACCUAAAGUUGAUAAUGCAGUUAGAAUUGAAGGCAAAUCACCACCUUACAGUUAUAAUAAUUUUCUCCGGUACAAGUGUAAAGAAGGCUACAGAAUGGAAGGGUCAGCCUACCUGAAAUGUGACGUAAAUGGAUGGAAUCCUCCUCCUCCAGUGUGCAUUGAUGCAACCUCAAAUCCAACCUCAGAUACAAACUUGGAUCGAGGCGCAGAUAGCACCCUUGCACCCCCAUUGAAUAACCACAAUCGGAACAUCGGGAUUGGGAUUGGGGUUGUGGCUGCCAUUCUGGUGAUCGGCGGAGGCGUAUUGUAUUUCCUGAAGAAACGAUCUCGGUCCCAGGGAACACUAUUUGACUGAUCCUUGCUGUUCUCCUGCUUCCUAUUGGUGUGUAUGUUUUCCUGCAGAGCUGAUGGACAUCUAGGAAUGAACAGAGAUCCUGUUACUUCAUUUCUUUUUGGAGAUUAGCAGAUUGUGUGCUUUGGUCUUAGGACAGGGGUUCCCAACCAUUUUAACAACUGUAACCUAUAAUAUACAAACAUAUCUAUCUGUCUGUGUUAUCUAUAUCUAUAGAAAGCAAGAGAGAUCGAUAGAAAGAAAGAUUGGGGGUGAUGAAGUAGGGGUGUGAUCACUGCAGAUUUGUAGUCUGUUGUAGUCUGUAAUAAUUAUUUAAAAAAAUCCAUCUUUGGUGGAGACGAUGAUUAUGGGAGAUGCCUCAUUAAUAUCGUAUCUCACAUCACACAUUUGCACUGAUGCAUUAUGUAAACAUAUGAAUGUAAAGAGCAAAACCAGAGACAUUGGUUGUUCUGAAAGUUUAUUUCCCAAUACUUCCCAAUUCAUCGAGUCUUUUCCUUGCCACUGGAAAGUGUAAUGCCCUCACAGCCCCAUUGUUGUCGCCCAAUGGUUGGGAACCUCUGCUUUACGAUAUUCUGUGGCUGCUAAUUUAAGCUAGGAGUAUUAAUUAAUAUUAAAAAAAAUUUAAACGGUGUGGGUGCUUAAGCCAUAUGUCUUCUACUGUUAACUAAAACACUUCCUACUCUACUGCGUAGAUCAAACAAAAAAUAUAAUUAUACAAACUGAUUUGGCGUAGUAUCUGAUUCAUAAAAACUGCACGAAUUAGGAUUCAGUGUUUAUAAGUUCUGUGUUUAACACUGCCUUGCAUAUAAUAUUCACUUACAAGAGUUGCUCACAAGAGCUAACAGCUAAUCAUGUUAAUCUGACAGUUUGGGCUCUGUUCCUAUUUUAUCAACAGACCAAAUCUUUACCUUUUGGCUUGUAUUACAUGGGACAAAAGAAACGAGGAAAUGUUAGCAGGAUGUUCUGGUUCAGAGAUUUGUCUGUCUCUUGGAUUUGUAAUGUUUUCAUCUUCAUUCAUGUUCACAAAACCCAGUUACUCAAUAUACCAUUGUUCAUUUGGAGAAUGUGCUGCCUACCUUGUGCCUGCUGCAUCUAAAUUGUACACAUUAAGAGCGCCUGUGCCACCGUGUACCGCAGCUGUAUGUAAUGUGACGACGAUGUUUUAUCAGUAAACAUGACUGGUAGCUGUAGAGCGCACACUAAACAAUUAUCACAGUCUAGAUCUGCUAAAUAAAAUUCAAACAAAAAUCUACUUGCUACUUAGCAAGUGAACUCCCUGACUAUAAUUUAAUAGUCUUUAAAAAUCUUUUAUAAUAUUUAUAAGACUAAAGAUUAUGUCUGAGACUUGACUGUUACUAGAAAAUAUUUGUAAAGAAGGUAGAAGAUGUGUAGUGAGUUUGAUUUUGUUAAUAUAACUGGAACAAAGAUGUCCAAAGCCUUAAUUUAAUCCAGGACAGAUUCAAGACCAUUUCUUUGUGUUCUUUUAAGCAGGAACUGUAUAGAUAAAUGGUUUUCUUUCUUUUUGAUGCUGCACUCAACUGAGCAUAGCAUCGAAGCUAGCGUGUAGAUUUUAGAUUGAUGCUUCUUGGUGUAUAUUUUUGGUUUAUGCUAAUGUUUGAGCAGGCAAAACAGCUUGUGAUCCUACAUUUUUGAUUACUUGCUAGAAUUUAGUGUUGUAUUUAUUUGUAAUUGUUAGUUAACACUUUUUUCAACUACUUUUGUGUUUUAGGGUUUUUAGAUAUAAUGGUUUGGCCCUUGUGGUACAGAAUCCCUGCUAGAGUGAGAUGCAAUCUCACGUGUGUGUGUGGAAUUCUGUGUGAAAUAAAAUACCUAGACUUCACAACAUACAGAAACUGGUACCACUUACGCUUUUUCGAUUGUGUUUUAUUCUGAAAAAAGCAGACUUCGCACCAGCUGUGAAUGUAAUUCCACUGAAAUGCAGUCACUGUACAAUCACAGUCACACACAGUAUACAAUACAUGAUGUGUCAUGGCGCGUUCAUGUUCACAGAUCAUUCAUGUUUCAAUUAACCAACAAAUUCUCCAGGAAAGCUUCAUCAUCAUUAGUGUGAAAACAUCAUAGAUCAAAAUUAAUAAAAAAUAAUAAACAUUUAUGACCGCUUCAAAUCCUUCCAGUUUUAAAUUGCAGUACUAAAAUCAGAAAAUCAAUCAUCCUGUAAUCUGGGCUGCAUCGAAUAAGGCUGUGUAAAUAUCUAAAAAUGAAAACCUUUUGAGAAGUGAUUGUUUUUUUCCUCCUUUGUUCAGAGCAAGCUUGUCGAAUGUUGGAAAAAGAAAAUUGUGUACACAGCCAAAUUUGCAUUAAAAUAUAUUCUUGCAAGCAUGCAGUCUUCACCCAAUAAACUGUGUUUGUCUUCUUGUA